GUGGCGAGUGAGGCCUCAUGGUCGGAGCAUGCUAUGUGCUAGAGCGCUGAGGCAGUGGGAGAUCAGACCCACGUCUGCUCUGCGGGGGAUCAGGCGCUCCAGGGCCCUCAUGUGGCUCCGGAUACAGGGACUGGUCCGGGCCCUCCGGCAGGGUGGGAGAUACCCAGUGAACUACAAUGACCCGGCAGCAGAGGAACAGGAGAUGGUUUGCCUUGAGCCCAUGGGAUCAGAGCGGAUGGAGAUGCGAAAGAGGCAGAUGUCGGUGCAGCAGGAGUCGGCAGCGGGAGAAACUGCACCAUCCCAGCAGGACCAGCAGGACCAGCCGGGCCAGCCGGGCCAGCCGGGCCAGGCUAACCCACGGGGAUCAAAUGCAUGUUGCUUCUGCUGGUGCUGCUGCUGUAGCUGCUCCUGGAAUGAAGACCGGGAUGAAAGGAACCGAAAGGCUUCUUAUGACGUCAAGGAGGGGACCUCAGACUGUGAAGACUGCCCGAUGCCCACGCUGGAGGAGGUGCACUCGUGGGGGCAGUCCUUCGAUAAGCUAAUGUGUUGCCCAGCGGGGAGGAACUCCUUCCGACAGUUUCUUCGCACCGAGUUCAGCGAGGAGAACAUGCUCUUCUGGUUAGCCUGCGAGGAGUUCAGCAAAGAUGCCAAUAAGACCCCAGUAGAGGAGAGAGCUCGGGUCAUCUAUGAGGACUACAUCUCCAUCCUUUCGCCUAAAGAGGUGAGCCUUGACUCCCGUGUGCGUGAAACGAUCAACAGGAACAUACAGGAACCCAACUUGCAAACCUUUGAAGACGCCCAGGUGCAGAUCUACACACUAAUGCAAAGAGACUCGUAUCCUCGCUACAUGAACUCCUCAGCCUACAAAAACCUGCUCAACACUCUGUCAGAGCAGUCCCCCGAAUCUUAGGGUGGUGAUGACCUGUGAUAUUUUAACUCUCUUUACCCCCCUCCCCCCCCAUUCCCCCCUAUCCUUAUCCCCCUUUUUUUCAAAUGUUUCUUUGUAUGUUCAGUGUAGGAUUACAUGAACCGGGCCUCGGGCCUGGCCCCUCCCAGGGAACUCAGCGCUAUUGUGAUCUGCACCUGACCGACGACACUCAGGUCUCAAAAUCUCCCGAGGGCUCGACAUCACAAGUACUGCUACAGAUCAACAUAGCAAAACACUCCAAAGGAAUAUGAAUACAUUUUGUUUCCGUUUUCUUUUUCUUUCUUUUGAUAGAAAUAAUCUAUUUUAUUUGUGUUCAGAGUUUUUUAUGGUCUGUUGUUUUUUUGUAUGAUUGUUUUGGGGGGAAAAUGAUUCCUACUGUAGACUAUAUAUUUAUGAGUUUGUAAAUAGUAAAAAUUGAAUUGUGGGUACUUUAUGUAGAGACGCCUGGUUCUAUUUACUGCGUAUGAAAAUCAAAGCUCAAGUCAAAGGCUACGUGUUAGCUCUACUUGCAGGCAGCUUUGUGGGGUAUUAAUGAUUUUACCUUUGGUUUUACCCUGUUUUGUUACCUAACCUCACACUUUGGUACCUGUGACAGCGACUUGGCAACUCCAGUUAGUGUAGAAAGUGUGUGUGGUUGAAACUGCCGUAACAGAAAGGGACGAUAGCUCUUGUCACGUGUGCAACUUAUAUUCUCAAGAAACUCAAAUUAAUGAUAGAAGAGUAUUUAUAAAGUAUUAUCUCAGUGCACCUCAUAUAUUUAAUUUAGUUUUACCAGUGUGAACCUAAGCAAUUCUAUUUACCAGAUAAAGUAUUUUUUAUUUAUUGAUAUUUAUUGCCAAUACAGAAAAAUGACAAGUACAGAUUAUAUUGAAGCUCUCUGGUGAAGUCAACGAUAGUGUUGAGCUAUUAUUUUAUCGGUCUGUAAUUGCCUAAUGAUUUAUAGCACGUUUCAGUCAUUUUCUUGAAAGAAUUGCCCCAAUUUGUACCAAAUUGAUUAUUAAUUUAUGAUAUGGUUGGAAACUUGUAAUUUGCUUGAUACAGUUGGAUUGAAGGAUAUGUUCACUAAAUGUAAAGCUACAAUAAGAGACUGCUCAGAAUAAAGACUCAAUACAGGGGUAACAGCUAGCAUUGCUCUGUCUAAAGGUAACACAAUCUGCCUAUCUUUAUAACAUAUCUUUGUUUCCCCUUUCCAGUCUUAUUUAUUGCACAGACAUCAGAGUGGUAUUUACUUUUCUAAAAAAGCAAAUAAGCACAUUUCUUACAAAUAACAGCUUAAAUUCUACAUAUCUGUACAUUUGUAUAUUUUUUCUGGAUUGACAUAUUUAGCUGACAAUUGUCUGAAGUCAUCCAUUGGAAGUCUAACACCUACUCUAUGUUACCUAUAAGAGUAUACAUAGUUCAUUAUAGGAUUUAAAAAAAA